GCUGAGUCCGCGCCUGCGCAGUGUUGCCGGGCAGCGGCCAUGGCGUACCAGCUGUACCGCAACACCACGCUGGGCAACAGCCUGCAGGAGAGCCUGGACGAGCUCAUACAGUCUCAACAGAUCACUCCUCAGUUGGCACUGCAAGUCCUGCUACAGUUUGACAAAGCGAUCAAUAAUGCUUUGGCUCAGAGAGUACGCAAUCGAGUCAACUUCAGGGGCUCUCUGAAUACGUACAGAUUCUGUGAUAAUGUGUGGACAUUUGUCCUCAACGAUGUGGAGUUCCGAGAGGUGACUGAACUCGUGAAAGUCGACAAAGUGAAGAUUGUAGCCUGCGAUGGCAAAAAUACUGGUUCGAAUGCUACCGAGUGAUCCACGGCCGAAUGAGGACCUUUCACUGAAGCAGCAUGUAGACCGGACGUAUAGUGAAUGAAUCUGGUGCUUAGACAGCAGUUUGCUGAUCUCUGCUGCAUCCAACAUGGAACAAAUAAUGGGGCUUCAAUGUAUCCCUGGGGUGUACAAUAUCUGUGAGAAUAUUACUUUUUAUAGACAGCGUACCUUUUUUAUGUUUGAAAGUUGAAUCUGUAAUAAAGUUUUACGUAAUGGUUUUCUUUGCUCAUC